AUGGAGUUAAAACUAGUCGACCACCUGAAACUAUCCACGAAACUAACAGUGAAUUACGCAUGCGAAUAUUCCGACGACACGAGAUUCUACGUAAUAGGGGACACAGGAAUUUUUAUAAUAGAACCGAAAGGGCAGCCUUUUAACUCAUACCCUAAGCUGGCAUGCAGGAACGACUACAUAAAGCCGUCGAAUUACAUGAUAUGCGAUAAUGUGGAUGCCGAUAUAAACAAAUUUUACCCUGAUUUGGAUAAAUUCGACUUGUACGAGAGUGUGUGCCGAAUAGAACUCUCAGCUAAUUUGAAAAACACCUCGCCCUUGGUGUUUAAAGUGCUGAGAGCGCAUUGGUCUGCGCGGGAUCUAGUCGAAGGGCAACAGUGCGCACUUGGGGUGACUACAAAUGUUUUCGGUUUAGAAAUUUAUGUUAAAAAUAUUAACGAGAGUGAGGUUGUAAGUUAUAAGAGUGUUCUAAAUGUUUCUGAGGAGAUUAUGGCGUAUUUGAAACCGUCUUGGAAGAGGGUGGAUAAAUUGAUUGCUGAUAGUAGAUUAAAGGAGCUUAAAAAUAGGGUGGAAAAUAUUUCAACAACAGCAUUUUAUUGGGGCCCUGUAUUUAGUAUAAGUGGGAAGAAGUAUAGUAUUUUGUUUGUGGGUCACAUAAAUGGGCAUAUUACAGUACUACGUAUAGGACAAAUUGACCCAAUAUCACUGCUAAAGCCAGAUUGUAAAAUCCUUGGCAGAUAUAAAACAACUUUGGAUAGAAUAACAGCAUUACACUGGGAACAAACUACAUAUACAAGGGGUGGAUUAUGUUUAGGAGAUUUAAAGGGUUGUUUAAACUUGCUUCAAAUCAGCGAUUUAGAUGAAGAAAAUGUGGAUUUUAGCGAUGAAACGCAAAUUUGGAAGGAACAAGAUUGUAUAGCUGUGGAUAAAAUUAUUCUAUUCGAUUAUGAAUUGACAACUUUUUUGGUUAUAGUGAAAGCUAAUUUUUUGAUUUUUAACGCUAUAAACGAAGAGGGUCAACUUUUCGAUAGAAAAGCACUGAACGCUGCCAACUUCUAUGUCUCUGGUGUUGAGCAUAUAGGGGAAAAUAGCCUUGUAGUGCUAACAUUUACAGGCGAAUUAAAAAAAGUUACCUUAACAAUUAGUUACAAUAAAAUCCAUGUAGAGGAGUCCCCACUAAACGUACCAAACAUAGAUUUUAGCAGGCAGAGAACGCAUGGUUUUUUAAUGUCGAAAAAUCAGGUUUUGUUUAAAAUUUUAACUACUCCCUGCAGGUCCAGAGACGCUUCCAAAGGAAGGCAGUUUAUUAAUUUGUAUGUUUUUUAUGACACCAAAAAAGAUGCCUUUCAGAAAUUGUGGGAUAACCACACCAACAGUCUUAGGGACUACUGGGACUGUUUUGAAGCUUUAAGAUUAAUUUCAUUUAAAGAAAAACGAUUUCCUUGGGUAGGGAUAGACCCAAAUCUAAACUACGACAAGCUUUCUCUAACCCAACUAAAAACCUUAAGAAUAAUAUCGAAAAUUUCUGAGACCUUGUACACACACGUCCCAAAAAUAGAAUCGUAUGAUAUCAAACCAUACUUAAUAUUGCACUACUUGGUCUGCAUCAAAAAUGCUGUGUACAGAAUCAACAAAUUAAUGAACAUGAAAAAUCAAGGCGUGGAACUGUCGAAAUUUCAAAUGCGUAGCAUUGAUUUGCAGAACAUGUUUUUAAAGGAAAUGGUGGUACAAGAUGUUCUGGCGAAGGCUAACGUUGGAGAAACUUUUAUCGACGAAGUUUACGAGGUAAUGCAGAUGGCGAAUGAGAUGAAGUUCCCUGAUAUGCAGCAGUGUUUUUGGUGCGGAGAAAAACUUAUAGGUUCGACCUGCAUACCACCCCACGCUGACAACCGUUGCUCUUACUCCUUGAUGCCCAUAACGUUGAUACCCGGUUUUAAGUGUCCCUACUGUAAGGCAUCGGUCCACAAGGAGAUCGAGAGCGAAGCAGGCGACCUCUGCUGCAUCUACUGCGACGUACCGCUGGAAAAAAGAUACCGAAGCUCCGUUCCGAUAGAAAACGACCGCAACGAAGGCGCUGGCAGCAGCAAAGAAACCGACUGGUGCCAGGGACCGGACGAGGUCAAGUCCGAAUGUUACGGAGAUUGUUUUGCGGGGGUCGACGAUUUUAACGAAGACGGUGUUUGCGAGGAUGUCGCGUUGCUUAGCGAUGAUGACAGUGAAGCUAGCGACUUAAAGUUUGUGUACGAUAAUCUGGAGAAAUUGACUGUCGACAGUGCAGUGGAAGCUGGCAGUUGA